AUGUCUGACCUCGAUUCGCCGGCCAACGGGCCAGUCGACGACGGCCAGGAGCAGGAAUUCCUGGAUGAGCUCGCCGAUGCAGACUCUGAUCGCGACUCGGACCUGCUGUCCGAGAUUGACGAGAACCAGUUCGAAGACUACGAUCCCGAGACCGCAAACAUCGAGGAUCGACCCGUGGAGAUUGAUGAGGACAUUGCCCGCACGCUCAAGGCCACCAAACGCAAGCGCGCCGAGGGCGACAAGGCGACCAAGAAGCCCAGAGAGACUCGUCGUGAGAAGCGCCGGGAUCGAGACGAUGAUGCGUCUAUGCACGAUGGCUCCAGCGGCGAGGCGGAGAAGAAGCCACGGAGGAAACGGACGGAGGGCGAGAGGCGACCCCGGGUGAAGCCCACGUCGCCCCAGCCCGAAGAGAACGACGAGAACCUCACGCCGGAACAGCGACAGAAUCGCGAAAUCGACAGGGCUCUCGAUGCCGCCAUGAAGAACCGGGGGUCUGCGCCCAAGCGCCGGAAGAAGGACGAGAUUGAUCUCGAGGACGAGAUUGACGAGCAGUUGGCUGCGCUCAAGGUCCAGAUGGAGCGUGCCUGUCAGGCAGACAACCAGGCUCGCGAAUCUGGCCAGCCCGCCCUGCACAAGCUCAAGCUGCUGCCCGAGGUCGCCGGCCUGCUCAACCGCAACAACGUCCAGCACGCCGUGUUGGAUCCCGACACCAACUUUCUGCAGCACGUCAAGUUCUUCCUGGAGCCGCUCAACGACGGCUCGCUGCCCGCCUACAACAUCCAGCGGGACAUCUUCACGGCCCUGACGCGUCUCAACAUUGAGAAGGAGGCUCUUCUGAGCAGCGGCAUCGGCAAGGUUGUCUUGUUCUACACGAGGAGCAAGAAGCCCGAGCCGAGCAUCAAGCGAAUGGCCGAGAGGUUGCUGGGAGAAUGGAGCCGCCCCAUCCUCAAGCGGACCGACGACUACAAGAAGCGUCAUAUUGAGACUCGCGAGUUCGAUUACGAGGCUGCCAAACUGGCUCAACGCCGCAAGACGGGCUCUCAGUUCACCCUGUCCCAGCGACCCGCCCAGUCUGCCCGUGAUGCAGAGCGCGAGCGGCUGCUUGCUCCUGUCGGUGGUGGCAACAGAGCCCGCAUGGUUAAUCUCCCUGCCAGCUACACCAUCGCCCCCAAGAGCACCUUUGACGGAACCAGGAACCAGGAUCAUCGUCCGCUUGGAGCUGGAGGAAUGGAAGCUUUCCGGAAGAUGACGCAAAAGAGCAAGAAGAGGGGUGGUGCCUAA